AGUGACGUCGCUGGAGCUAUAAAUAGGGGCCUGACUGGAGGGAGACUCACCUGGUGUCUGCAGGUGGCUUCCACUCCCAGAGAUGAUGGGGAAAGUCGCCUUCUCCCUGCUCCUCGCCCUGGCUCUGGUGACCCUCGGGGUCUCCUCAGGGAGAAAGUGCGUCCUGUCUGGACUGUGGAAGAAUGAGCUGGGCUCUAACAUGACCAUCUCUGCCGUGAACGCCGAUGGGGGAUUCACCGGUUCGUACCACACGGCAGUGACGGCCACCGACAAACACAUCCGGGUGUCACCCCUGAAGGGGUCCCAGAAGCCCACGAGCCGGAGGAAGGAGCCGACCUUUGGCUUCACCGUGAGCUGGACGUUCUCAAACUCAGUGACCGUCUUCGUGGGCCAGUGCUUCAUGGAUGAUAAAGGGAAGGAAACUCUGAAGACCAUGUGGCUUCUGCGUGAGGAGGUCAGCUCCCCCGGCGCCGACUGGAAAGCGACCAGGGUCGGCACAAACAUUUUCACUCGGAUCAAGUGACGGAACGUGGGCGAAUCCGUGAGGAGCGACGGUGCCCGGUGACCCAGCAGCACCAUGACCACACUCUGCAGCCCCAGGGCUCCUGGCCCCCCGUCCGGGAUUGUCCCGGGCUCUCUCGAGAGCGUCUCGCCUGGCCUCAGGGCUGUUUGCUGGGCUGCAGAGGCACCCGUCUCUGUCUCCACCUCCCCCUCACUCUCCGGUGACC